AUGUCAAAAAACCUCGGUUUGUCCAAGCAUUUAGGGCCUUCGGGGGACCCGAAGUCUGUAAAGUCCCCAAUGGCUCAUGAAAGCCAAGACGACACAUCACCGGCCGACCUUGGCUUGGGCGUCAACACAGUGGAGGAACAACUCGAACAGCUGACUCAACUAGUCCAGACGCUAACUGCACGCAUAGCUAGCGAAGAAGACUCUAGAGAGCUUUUAAGAGCCCAACUUGAUGAAGCAUACGCGCAACUGGCAGAUGCCCGAACUGAGCAUCUGGCCUCUCCGUAUGAGGGGUGUCGUUAUCAGCCACCUGGAUCCACAUGGCUCGAGCCAAGUCAUGAACAACUCACGAAGGUUACACGCACAGCUGAAGAGCUGCAAUAUUUGCUGGAAGAAGAGCGCGCAAGGAACGCGGAGAUGCGCAUGCAGUAUGAGAGACAGCUCAAGCUCAUUCGGAACGGAAUCCAAAAGGAAAAGCGCGAUUUGAAACAAACGCUAGUACAACAGGUCGAUUUCAUAAUACGCAAGUACAGAAACCUUGCAACAGAGGCUGUGGAAACGGCGCGUCAGGAGCGUCAAAAAGUGCAAACCGAGCGAAUAAAGGCCCGCGAACUCGCAGAGACAGCAUGCAGAAACUUUGAAAAAGAUUUGAAAGAAAGAACAAAGAAGGCUCUCGAAGAAUAUCGCCAGUUGGCGCAGGAAGCCCAUAAAGCAGCGCAAAAUGAGCGCGAGGAGCUCCGGACUAAGUGUGCAAACCUCGAAAAGGCAAUGAUAAGCAAACGCCAACAAUUUGAUGCUCUUGUUGUCCGGGAGGCAGAGAAGAGAAUACAGUGCUAUAGGCUCAGCCACCAGGCUAUGAAGGAACAGCUCGAGCGAGAAAGGAAGCAUUUUGGAAUAAUGAUGGGUGAAAUUGCACAGCGGGUUGAAAAAGAGUGCAGCGACUACGACGCCGCAAUGUUGAAGGCAGUCGCAGUAUUCUGCAAGACGAAGGGUUUAGAUGUAGAUGAGUCUACGCUGCGUCAGCAGCUUGGGGAUAUUCGGAUUCAGCGGCUAAAGGAAUCUGGCCACGAAUUGCGUGAGCCAGAACCUCGCCCACUGACAGUAAAAUACGGGUUUCAAGCAGUGACUCCUGGGGGUGCCAGUUGA